AUGGGCUCUUUAUAUCGUAGUGAAUUAAUGUCUCUUUGUCAGCUGUUUCUACAUUCCGAGAUGGCAUACGAUGAAGUAGCAAAACUUGGUGAACUUGGUGUCGUACAUUUUAUUGAUUUGAAUUCCGAAAUCAGUUCAUUCCAAAGACGUUUUGUAAAUGAUUUGAAACGAUGCGAUUUGAUGGCACAAAAACUACAAUUUAUUGAAGAGCAAAUUCUAGCAGAUUUUAUCCCAAUACCGCGAUUAAAUGGAUUUGUUCCUGCGCCAUUACCGAACGAAAUGAACAUACUUGAAGCUGAAAUUGAAAAGAUUGAGGAACAGUUGAUAGAAAAUAAUAUGAAUAUGAAAAAUUUGAUGGAUAAUUAUGCACAGCUAAAUGAAUGCAUGCAGUGCAUUAAUAAAGUGCAGCAUCUUCUUACAGAUGAACAGCAACAAACUAAACAGUCAGUGUUUGGAGUGGAUCAGGAAAAUCUAGCUUCCGGUAUUGGUGCUAUUCGUCGGAAAUUAACCAACGCGAUAAUAAGAAGAAAAGAUAGCCUUAUCUCAGGUCGAAGGUCAAGUAUUUUCUCAGGCGAAAAAUUAGAUAUCAGUUUCGUUGCCGGAAUUGUGGAACGUCGUCAUUCAGUUGCGUUGGAACGAUUGCUUUGGCGAACAUGUGGUUUGAAUGUUUUCGUGCGCAUUGUUACUAUUGAUUUCAGCGAAGAUCCUUUACUUAAUGAUGUUUCACCAAAAGAUGUCUUCCUGAUAUUUUUUUCCGGUACAAUACUUGGCUUACGAGUGAGAAAGAUGUGUCAAUGCUAUCAAAUGAAAGUAUACGAUUCUAAAGAUAUGAUAAAUGACCGAGUGUUACAAGUAACAAAUUUAUUUCGACGUGUGACUGAAAUUAAAUCGGUAAUCGAAGAAACAAGAAAAUAUCGUAACACAUUGCUCCAGGCAACUGCUUACAAAGUUCAUGAGUGGGAUAUUAAGUUGCAAAAGAUGUCCGCUGUAUUCGAAACGAUGAAUAUGUGCAAUGUUGACAUCACUCAACGAUAUCUAAUUGCUGAAUGUUGGAUUCCAACCGCUGAUAUAAUAUGUGUUCGAAAUAGCUUAAACAAAACUAGCACGGAAAAAAAUAGCUCUCCCGUAUCAUCUUUUUUGUGCGAAAUUGAAACGAAUAAAAUACCACCAACAUAUUUUCGUAUUAAUAAAUUCACAAAAGUUUUUCAAAACAUUGUUAAUUCUUACGGUGUAGCAACGUAUCGCGAAAUUAAUCCAGCUCCAUGGACAAUAAUAACAUUUCCAUUCCUAUUCGCAGUAAUGUUCGGUGAUGCUGGUCAUGGAUUAAUUAUGUUUUUUAUUGCCCUUGCGUUCAUUCUACUCGAAAAUAAGAUUAAAACCGAUGAUGAAAUAAUGGGAACAUUUUAUCUUGGACGUUUUAUCAUUCUUUUAAUGGGACUUUUCUCAAUUUAUACAGGUUUCAUCUAUAACGAUUUCUAUUCACGUUCGAUGAAUUUAUUUGAAAGCAGCUGGCACAAUCCCUACAACUUAACACGGAACGAAAAGACUGCGCGAAUUUAUUUAACAUUAUCGCCACAAUAUGCUUACGACAGAGACAAAGGUCCAUAUGUUUUUGGUCUAGAUCCAGUUUGGAAUUUAGCAGAAAAUCGUCUAACAUUUACAAAUUCAAUGAAAAUGAAAAUAUCCAUUAUUUUUGGCAUCACACAAAUGACAUUUGGUGUUAUCCUCAGUCUCAUGAAUUUCUUCACCACACCAGGUGAUAUUUUCGGCUUCUUUUAUCCAGGAUCACAUUGUGCUCCAUCACUUCUGAUCGGAUUAAUCAAUAUGUGUAUGCUAAAACCACGCAAACAAGGUUUCUGGAAUCACUCUUCAUCUACCGAAUUGGAGUAUUGUUAUUUACAGGAAUGGUAUCCAAAUCAGGGUAUAGUUGAGAAGGGUCUUUUAAUAUUAGCAUUACUUUGCAUACCAGCAAUGCUUUUGGUGAAACCCAUUUAUCUGAAGUUUAAAUUCCGGAAAAUUGGAAAUGAAGAAGUUGGCAAUAUUGAUAACGAUGAAGUGAAGAAGUUCGAUUUUAUGAAUGUUUUGAUGCACCAAGGAAUCCAUACGAUUGAAUUUGCACUGGGUUGCAUAUCACAUACUGCUUCUUAUCUUCGCCUUUGGGCACUUUCUCUGGCCCAUGCACAGCUUUCUGAAGUUCUGUGGUCAAUGGUACUUAGUAUGGCUUUUUCAUUCAAUGCUUGGUCAAGUGGUCCAGUAUUAUAUCUCAUCUCUUGGUUCUACGGAGUGCUUACAUUUGCCAUAUUGAUAUUAAUGGAAGGACUUUCUACUUUUUUGCAUACGUUACGAUUACAUUGGGUUGAAUUUCAAAGCAAAUUCUAUGGUGGUCAUGGAUAUUUAUUUAAGCCUUUUGCAUUUACUCAAAUGAAAUCCUUCAAACAUGUCAAUAAGAAAGAUGAAAUGUAG